AUGGACGGCAGCCAGGAGGACGAGACGGUCCCAGCAGCAGCAGCAGCAGCAGCCAGGAGGACGAGACGGUCCCAGCAGCAGCAGCAGCAGCCAGGAGGACGAGGCGGUCCCAGCAGCAGCAGCCAGGAGGACGAGGCGAUCCCAGCAGCAGCAGCAGCCAGGAGGACGAAACGGUCCCAGCAGCAGCAGCAGCCAGGAGGACGAGGCGGUCCCAGCAGCAGCAGCAGCCAGGAGGACGAGACGGUCCCAGCAGCAGCAGCAGCCAGGUGGACGAGGCGGUCCCAGCAGCAGCAGCAGCCAGGAGGACGAGACGGUCCCAGCAGCAGCAGCAGCAGCAGCAGCAGCAGCCAGGAGGACGAGACGGUCCCAGCAGCAGCAGCAGCCAGGAGGACGAGACGGUCCCAGCAGCAGCAGCAGCAGCCAGGAGGACGAGACGGUCCCAGCAGCAGCAGCAGCAGCAGCAGCAGCCAGGAGGACGAGACGGUCCCAGCAGCAGCAGCCAGGAGGACGAGACGGUCCCAGCAGCAGCAGCAGCCAGGAGGACGAGACGGUCCCAGCAGCAGCAGCAGCCAGGAGGACGAGACGGUCCCAGCAGCAGCAGCAGCCAGGAGGACGAGGCGGUCCCAGCAGCAGCAGCAGCCAGGAGGACGAGACGGUCCCAGCAGCAGCAGCAGCCAGGAGGACGAGGCGGUCCCAGCAGCAGCAGCAGGAGCCAGGAGGACGAAACGGUCCCAGCAGCAGCAGCCAGGAGGACGAGGCGGUCCCAGCAGCAGCAGCAGCCAGGAGGACGAGACGGUCCCAGCAGCAGCAGCAGCCAGGUGGACGAGGCGGUCCCAGCAGCAGCAGCAGCCAGGAGGACGAGACGGUCCCAGCAGCAGCAGCAGCCAGGUGGACGAGGCGGUCCCAGCAGCAGCAGCAGCCAGGAGGACGAGACGGUCCCAGCAGCAGCAGCAGCAGCCAGGAGGACGAGGCGGUCCCAGCAGCAGCAGCAGCCAGGAGGACGAGACGGUCCCAGCAGCAGCAGCAGGAGCCAGGAGGACGAAACGGUCCCAGCAGCAGCAGCAGCCAGGAGGACGAGGCGGUCCCAGCAGCAGCAGCAGCAGCCAGGAGGACGAAACGGUCCCAGCAGCAGCAGCAGCCAGGAGGACGAGGCGGUCCCAGCAGCAGCAGCAGCAGCCAGGAGGACGAAACGGUCCCAGCAGCAGCCUGGAGGACGAGGCGGUCCCAGCAGCAGCAGCAGCAGCCAGGAGGACGAGGCGGUCCCAGCAGCAGCAGCAGCCAGGAGGACGAAACGGUCCCAGCAGCAGCAGCAGCAGCCAGGAGGACGAGGCGGUCCCAGCAGCAGCAGCAGCCAGGAGGACGAGACGGUCCCAGCAGCAGCAGCAGGAGCCAGGAGGACGAUACGGUCCCAGCAGCAGCAGCAGCAAGGAGGACGAGGCGGUCCCAGCAGCAGCAGCAGCAGCCAGGAGGACGAAACGGUCCCAGCAGCAGCAGCAGCCAGGAGGACGAGGCGGUCCCAGCAGCAGCAGCAGCAGCCAGGAGGACGAAACGGUCCCAGCAGCAGCCUGGAGGACGAGGCGGUCCCAGCAGCAGCAGCAGCAGCCAGGAGGACGAGGCGGUCCCAGCAGCAGCAGCAGCCAGGAGGACGAAACGGUCCCAGCAGCAGCAGCAGGAGCCAGGAGGACGAGACGGUCCCAGCAGCUCCUCCUCAGGCCUGAGGUGAAGACGAGGGUUGGCUCCUGGUAG